AUGAAAGUUCAACGAUGUGCAGGCCCAACUAGAAAAGUUUUCGUAAAUAUUCGUGAUGUCCAUAAACAGUCACCGCCUCUCCGAACUAACAAAUCACCAAGCAGAGGAAUAUUAGUCCCGAAACCUCCUGAGCCUAAAUCAGAGCCACAUUUUAUUCGUAAAAAAGUUGAUUCUUUCAGAUGCCACACUCCAGACCAAGGAGGAGGCAAGCCACAGUCUCCACAAACACUGCCCCCACUAGCUCAAAAAAAAGGAAAUUCUUCUAUUUCAAACUCGCCUUCACAUUCUAAUUCAUCCACAUGCCAAAGAUGAUAUACUCCUACCCAUUUUAAACCUAAAGAAAUAGAUACACAUAUUCUUCUCCCCAAGUCUCCCAUAGAUAAAGAAGAUAUUUGCACUCCCUAUGAAUUAAAAAGUAAGCAAAGGCUUACAAAUAGAAAUGCAGAAAUUAGAAGAUCUUUUAAACAAAUACCUCAACCGCCUGAAAAAAUGCAGAGAGUUGAUUUAAGAAAAGGCAGUUUUUCGAAAAAACAGAUAGCAACAGCGCUAGCGAGUGCAAACACCAGUGCAAAUCUAUCAAAAAUUGAUCUGGACAUUUCAAAACUUUCUUUAAAAUGUGAAGAAAUUUUACAGCCGUGGGAAGACUUAUCAACAAAUAAUCAAUCGACAAAUCCGACUCCAGAUUUGAGUUCAUCAGGACUGAAUAGAUUUCAGCAUCUAUCCAAAGGAUAUAGGCUUGAUAAGCAGUCAUUUGCUAACUCCCCCCCGCGAGUGAACAAAAUCAUUAGAAAAAAUCCUAUUUUUGCCCAAAAACCCACCCUCCGUGAGCGCACAAAAAUCUUUUUAAUAGAAAAAAAUUUUUACGAAAAAAAUUUUGAUAUAUAAGUGAUAAUUAUUAUAAUGAAAUCUCGAGCUAAUUCUGUAUAAUUUUAAUGAAAUUGCGUUUUUAAAACAUAAAUUUUUAUAAAUUAAAUUAAUGUUUGCUUCCCAAUUUUUGCAAAUUAGGAUUUUUUUUUAAAAUUUUCAAAAAAAAAUUAACCCCCUCCUUGAGCGAACAAAUUUUUUUUGUUCACUCACGGAGGGGAGUAAGGAAAUAGAUAAGCAAACCCGAAGAACUCGAUCAGAAAAUAGUUCAACUGAGAAGCAGCCUAAAGGAAUUCAAGCUUAUACGCCAGAGCCGCCUUUGCUACAUCCAUGGCAGAAAUUUAUGCAAGAUCUGGAUGAUAUAUCAAAUAUUGCAGAUAAUAAACAAAGUAAUAAGUUUAUUAAACCUAAAGGACCUAUCAGAGCAAGACACCUGUAA